UCCCCGGAGCUCCGCUCUGGGCCCCAAGCUGGGAAGGGCAGCGGGUCCAGCCCCGGGUCGACUCCCCGCGACCCCCAGGAUGCCAGAGGCCAAGAGCUCCCGCCAGGACCCCCUGCGAUGGACGAAGAAGCCGGUGCGCCGCUCGGUCAGCCAGAUCUGCCCGCCCCCGCGGCGGCCCCUGACCGUGGCCGACAUCCGGCCGGGCAUGGAGAACGAGAGGCUGGGGGUCGUGCGGGAUUCCAUGUUUCAGAACCCGCUCAUCGUCAAGGCUGAGCUCGGGAAGCCCCGGGAGCAGAGCUGCAGCCUCCCCGGCAUCGACUUCAACUACGGGCUCUACGUCCGCGGGCUGGACGGCGGGGUCCCCGAAGCCAUCGGACACUGGAACGUGUUUAAGCCGCAGCCCACCCGCCACCAGGAGCUGAACCGGGAUUACAUUGCCACGAAUCGAGGGGCGGUGAAGGCGGGCCUGGUGACCGCCCGGGAGACGCUCCUGUACAAGCAGCUCAACGACUUCCGCGUCAGCAGCAAGGACAACCGGCGCUACAGGAAGGAGCCCACCAUCAUCCCUCCAAACAUGACCUUUGGGGUCCAGUCCCGGCCUUCCACGCCCCUGUUCGACCUGCUGCAGCACCGGUACCAGAAGCUGUGGGUGCAGGAGCAGAAGGCCGCCCAGAAAGCCAUCAAACUGGAGAAGAGGCAGAAGGUGAGCCUCGGGAAGCUUUACGAGACCCGGAGCAGCCAGCUGAGGAAGUACAAGCCGCCCGUGAAGCUGGACGCCCUCUGGCACAUGCCUCACUUCCAGAAGGUGGGCCCGCACCUCGACACCUUCCCCAGCGAGGCCGACCGCCAGAGAGCGUUCAAAGCCCAGCGGGAAGAGCAUGCUGUGCGCCAGGGAACCCUGCGGAUGGGCAACUACACCCACCCCUGAAGCCGCCUCCGCACGCGGAACAUUCCGGAAGGCCCCCCCGUCCUGCCCCACUCCUGUGUUUACGUGGGUUCUGCUGCUGCAAGGACCUCAGGGUCAGGUCUUAGGUUAGUUAUUUUUGCUACGAGCCCCCCUCUUCAGUUAGGCAACACUAGCUCACCUUCGCCCAGCGCCCCUCGACCUGGGGACUCCCCGUCCUCUGGCAGCCGCCCGCCCUCUCUCAAGCCCUCACCCGAUGGGACAGCACAAACCCAAUUACAGGGCAGACGCUCCCUCCAGGCCGGAGUCGAGGCUGUGCCGCAUCAGGGACCACGCGGGAGUUUCCUGCGGAAUUCCUGCCCUUAACGUGCCCGGAAAGCCCUCGUUUAGCUGCAAACACGAGUUUUAGUUGCUCUUUCUGGGGUGCCUGACGCCCCACCACGCUCGCUCCUCCGGGCCUGCUCCCCCCUCCGGGGGCUUCUCCCCCAAGACUGACCGGGAAGCGGGGCUGGAGGGCACCGGCGAAGGAAUUCUCAGCCAAACCCCCGACUCCCCCGGCAGCUCUUGCCUCCAUCUCUGGGCGCAUCCCCGGCUUCUCCCCACAGACGAUAUCCUGACCUGUUUUCAAUUAAAACGCUG